CCGCCGCCUGUUGGUCUUUCACGGUUGGUGACGAGUAUUAUGAAAAUGGCUUCGACUGUACCCGUGAGUACGAACAACCGGAGAAGAUGACGGUGUUGAGGUUCAUAAGUCGGCGGAACACCGAAGUGACUUCUUUAAAUACGUAGGUAACAGCGAAGAGAACAGAAACAGAGGGUGUCAGCGGAGAACCGUCUAAAAAUACAACCGACUACUGCAUAUUUUCGUGGGGCUGAGUGAGGAGCUACUAUGGAGGAUAUCAACUCGAAUAUCAACGCAGACCUGGAGGUGCGGAAGCUCCAGGACUUGGUGAAAAAGCUCGAGCAGCAGAACGAACAGCUUCGGAGUCGACCAACGAUGUUGUCCGCCUCGUCCGGAUCGAUGUCUGCGAACCACAGACCGCUCAGCGCCGGCUACGACUCGUCGUCGCUGUCAGCGGGGAUUGCAGCCGGUCUGGCCGGCUUCCCUGGGGUGGGGUUCGUCGGAACGGGAGGCUACGGUGGUCUGCUGGAGAACAACCGCUGUUCGAGUCCCAGACGGUCUUACGACGGCAUCAGUUUUAGGAGAUCUUAUGGAUGUGAGGGGGCAUCGGCUGCUGCCACGAGCAUGAACUCACUCUAUUCGGAUGUUUCGGACGACAGUUUUAGGGAUGAAGGGGAGACGUCAAUCCUAGAUGAAGUGGAAAUCUUAGAUCUGGAGGAAAUGGAUUGUCUAAACGAAGACGAGGACAGCUGGCUAUAUGAGACGAAGCUGUACAGUCCUCUGCAAAAAGCCUUGAGUCCAAUCGUGUGGUGCCGCCAAGCACUUGACAAUCUCAGUCCUGAGAUGGAAUCAGCCAAGCGCUCACUCAUCCACAGACUGGACCUCACCAUGUCAGCUAACAAGCACAGAAACAUGUAUGGGAGCCCCUACAACCAGCAGGGUUAUGGAAGCAUGUACAGCUCAAACGCAGCCAACAGCCCUUACAACAGUGGCUUCAACUCCCCCUCCUCAACCCCCAGCAGAGUGCCCAUUGUCAGACAGCAACUAAUGCCCGGUAAUGCAGUACAACAACGAAACACAACCUCUGAGAGGAAUCCUCCAGCGGUGAGUCCACAGUCAUCUGUGGACAGUGAGCUGAGCACAUCAGAAAUGGACGAGGACUCAGUGGGCUCUUCAAAUACCUACAAACUCAACGAUGUCACUGAUGUUCAAAUAUUAGCACGGAUGCAGGAAGAAAGUUUGAGGCAAGACUAUGCUGCGACAGCGUCCAGGCGGAGCUCGGGUUCUUCCUGUCACUCUUUACGACGCAGCACAUUCAGCGACCAGGAGUUAGAUGCACACAGUCUGGAAGACGAUGAGGAAGCGGUGCACCCGGCCUUUCACCUGCCCUCCAACCGCUUUAGCCCCUCCCCCCGGCACUCUCCCCGCGCCUCCCCCAGGAAUUCGCCCCGCUCUCGCUCCCCUGCCCGCUCUAUUGAAUACAGUCACGGCCGUGGCUCGCCACAGCCCAUCAUCAGCCGCUUACAGCAGUCUCGCCACUCUCUGCAGGGCCACGGGCAUGACCUGCCAACCAACGUGGUGAAGAAUGAAGAAAAGCUGCGUCGCAGUCUUCCCAACCUCUCACGCACCUCGGCAGCGGUCACAGCUCAGGCUCCAGAGCCCGUCAAGAACAGCCGCAGCUGUGAGUCCAACCUGCAAGUGCCAAACGGUGGCUCUCCUCGACACCAGAGCCAGUCUGCAACAACAGCUCAGCUUCCAAGAUACUCCACCCCCUCUCGCUCCUCCCCGAAACCCAAACAGCACCUCCAAAGCCCAACUGCCCUGCGAGUCCCACUCUCCUGUUGCUUUGGAGAAGAAGGUGAUUUCAUGCCCUCCCCCAGUAAGCUGCGAACCCCUGCAAGCCCGUCCCCACUGGCCUUGAGGCAGCCCGUAAAGGCCACACCAAGCCCUGGUACUGGUUCUGGUUCUGGUUCUGGGAACUCCACACCCACCCGCUCCCUGGCUGCUCCACGCAGCGGCCUGCCUCGUCCUAGUGCUUCUGCUGGAGGGGGAAUCCCUCUGCCUCGCAGCAAGUUGGCCCAGCCUGUGCGCAGAUCUCUCCCUGCUCCUCGGACAUACAGCAGUGGGGGUGACAACUGGAGAGAAGGUUGUUACUGAGAGGGGCCAGCAGAGGGCGCUCCAGUCAAACUAUCAACACAAGGAGGCAGACUUAACAACAUGGCACUUUAUCUACCUACAGAACUUUUACAAUGAAGAAACAAAGCAAGUG